AUGGAAGGUUACUCUUUUGAACCGGCCGUUUCCCCGUAUCCCUGCCGCCCGGAACACGGGCAGCCGAGCGUCGAUGGGACGAGCAGGGAGGGUGCUAUCGGCUUUGUGAAUACAUCCAAGGAUAUGAAUGUUUCCAUUCAUUCGGCGAGCGGGAGGAAGUUGAAGAUUCUGGUCAGGCCAGGGACUGAAGUCCUAGGCCUCAAGGCUGAAGUUGCCAAGUUCUGGCAGAUCCCAGAGGUAUGUCAAAAUCUGCUUCUGGGAGCAAGGAUCUUGCAGAACAAGGAGUUGCUGUCUUCGGAUCUGGCUCCAGGUGAGGGAUUUUUGGAUCUGACGCUGCUGAUCUCUGCUCCGCCUUGCUGUGCAUCGAGAAUUCUUCCUCCGUCUCGUGUGGUUUAUCUCCAUGAGCCCUACAAAGAGGGACGCAGGUCUGGGGGGCCUUCGCCGAAUAUGUCCGCGUCGGAAGCUGGCGUGACAAGUUGCGGGCUCUUAGAAGAAUUGGGAAGCAGACACCGUUCUCGAAAGGGGCGCUGCGUGUGCCAGCUUCCCAGCACAUGCCCACAUUGCAAGCGCUUGCUGCUCUGUGUCGGGAAUGAAGUUGCGGCGGUAGUGAAGUUGCACCUUCACCGCGUGGCAAAGUCCUUUGCUGGCGGCCUGAAUUUUCUGCUCGAUGAGCAUGGUCUAUGCCUUCAUGAAGUGGACGGUUGCUCGACAUCCUGCUUGUCACUGGAGGCAGAGUCCUUGCAGUCCUUCGACGGCAUCACAGCAGUUUUCCCGAAGGUCACGGAGUUUUCCUACCGUGGCGAGUGGUCGGGAAAGGGGCGGCAAGGUGCCCUACGAGGCCUCCGAGCCUGGCAGUCGACUCUUCGGAGCCUUAGAAUUGAGCUCCUGCCAGGUGAAAGAUCUUCUGGAGUGCUGCACCUGGGAAGCAUCGCCUUGCGAGGCUUCAGUGUGUUGGAAGAUGUCCGCUUGCACCUCCCAGCUGCCUCCCGUAGGCAUCUGGCUGCACUUUCCAACCUGGCCAGCCUUCGUCAACUCAUAUUCUGGGGGACUGACGAAAUCACUUCGGAUCGUGAUCUUGUCGACAAGGCAUAUCGGACUUUGGACUUUUCCGGCUGUCAGUUGCUGAAGCUCCUUGCGUUCAGGUCAAUGGCCUUCUGCCUUCCUGAUGAGCAAGAUCAUCAUGGCUGCAUGGCACUGGCCCUGCCGUCAUCUUUGGAAGAGCUGGUGAUUGUCAACGACAUGGAUGCUCUGUCUGGCUUGACACCCAGGCUGCGUCGUGAUAUCCUGGGGCGGCCGUAUCGAUUGGCUGAGUAUGCCCCGGAGAGCAACUUCAGCUUUGAAGACCGGCAAGCUUUAAAGCUAAUCUGCACCGCAACCCAGACACCGAGAAGAGUUUUGUGGGAGGUCGAUGCCUCGUUUACAUUGCAGCGUCCUGAAGAGAUGGAAGCAGCAAGGUCAUGUCGGCUGCAGAUGUUGGCAGACCAGGCCACCGAGCACCAUCGAAAGCGGAUUGGACUUCUAGCGAUGUUGGGCCUCAAGCCAUCAAGUGACGCUCCUUUCCAUGAAGGCGAGAUGGUUUGGUACAUCAGCAUAUUAGGACAUCCCCUUCUGAGACGGUGCUCUGUUCGCAGGGUUGCACCAACCCCAAGGGAUGGCAAUGACGAGUUUGCCUACGACAACAUCUACCUGACUUACUUGCUCGUGUCUCGGGACGGGGACGAAGCAGCCCCAACAGAGAUUGAAGCUGACCCAAUGUUCAUUUUCAGGGCACAGCCGACGCCGUCCAUGUUCCCAGGACUGCAGGCUCUCAUGUCAACCUGCCUAGUGCAAGCAGGCGGCAAUGACCGCCGGGACGCGGAAAGCUCGUGA